GACGUAUGCUUUCUUUGAGGAACCGAACGCCGACUCUUUGGAUUAACCAAAUAUUAUUAAUCUAAUAAUGUCAUGGAAGAGUGUGGGAGAUGUCUUUUCUUUUCUUUUCUUGAUGGCUUUUGAGCCUUUACGCCACUGUUUCCGUCUUUGAAUUUGGACGCUGUUUCUGUUGGCUUGUUAAUGGAACCAGUUUCCUGUUGAAGUCGCCUCUAGGUUUCGUAGAUUCUGUAUUUUUUUUUUCAGGAUUUGAACUGCUUUUGGGGAUUUUGUUCUUGAGUUUUGCAUCAGGAGCCAUUGAUUCGAGAUAUUUUGAACUUUCCAUCUUGUCUGCAAUCAGUUAUACAUGGGCUAACUGUCAAUUUCAUGGGACGUAUAGACGAUCGUGAACCACCAUCCAAGCGUGUGAAAGAAACCAUUGCAGGACUACAGGGCUUUUCAAAUAGCAUUCCAUCUCCCGCAAAUCAUAUUGAUCCUUUGGGAGGUCAAAUGGCCAGACCUUUGACACCCCAUGGGAACAAAGAUAUGAUAGGCUCCAAGGGAAUUAUUAAGAGGUCUGAGUUUGUUAGGAUCAUUACAAAGGCUCUUUAUUCUCUUGGAUAUGAUAGGAGUGGAGCUAUUUUGGAGGAAGAGUCAGGAAUACCCUUACACUCACCAUUGGUAGAUUGUUUUAGGAAGCAAGUGCUUGAUGGAAAUUGGGAUGGUAGUUUGGCUACUUUGAACAAAAUAAGUAUUUCUGAUGAUGUGCUGAAGCUUGCAUCGUUUAUGAUAUUGGAGUAUAAGUUCUGUGAAUUUCUUGAGAUGGAUAGAGUUUUGGAUGCAGUGAAUACACUAAGAAAUGAAAUUACUCCUCUUAGGAUUAAGCCUAAGCGAGUUCAUGAACUUUCAGCGUGUAUUAUUUGUCCUUCUCUGCAUCUCUCACUUGGCUCUAUAAAUGGUAUUAAAAAAUCAAGCUCAAGGCUAAAUCUUCUCAAUGAAUUGCAGAAAGUGCUCCCUCCCGCACUUAUGAUACCCGAGGGAAGGCUAGAACAUUUGAUUGAGCAGGCGCUAAAUGUUCAACGCGAGGCUUGUUAUUUCCAUAAUUCCUUGGAUAGUUGCUUAACAUUGUACACGGAUCAUCAUUGUAGAGAAGACCAGAUUCCGUCGCAAACAACCCAGGUCUUACAAGGACAUGGAGAUGAAGUAUGGUUUGUGCAAUUCUCAAACAAUGGGAAAUUAUUGGCAUCAUCAUCUCGAGACAAUUCUGCUAUAAUAUGGGAGGUUCGUGAAGAUGGGGUACUCUCGCUAAAACAUACCCUAACUGGCCACCAAAAACCUGUGCUGAUGAUUUCAUGGAGUCCUGAUGACUCCCAGCUUCUAACAUGUGGAUUGGAAGAAGUUGUCAGACGCUGGGACAUUAGCAGUGGAGAGUGCGUGCAAGUUUAUGAAAAAAUUGGCGUUGGAUUGAUUUCCUGUGGUUGGUUUCCUGAUGGGAAAAGAUUUUUCUCUGGUGUUACAGACAGUAGCAUUUGCUUGUGGGAUCUAGACGGCAAAGAGCUAGAGUGUUGGAAUGGGCAAAGGAUGAUCAAGACUUCUGACCUGACUAUUACAGGUGAUGGAAAGCAAAUCAUAAGCAUGUGCAGAGAAUCUGCUAUUUUGGUGCUUGAAAGGGAGGCAAAAGUGGAGAAGUUGAUUGAAGAGAAUCACACAAUAACAUCAUUUUCUUUAUCAAGAGACGAUCAGUUCUUGCUGGUGAAUCUUAUAAACCAGGAAAUCCAUUUAUGGGAUAUUACAGGUUUUCCAAAAUUAGUUAUGAGUUAUAAAGGUCACAAGCGCAGCCGGUUUGUUAUUCGGUCUUGUUUUGGAGGAUAUGAGCAGUCUUAUAUUGCUAGUGGAAGUGAAGAUUCACAGGUAUAUAUAUGGCACCGUAGCAGUGGCUAUCUCAUUGCAGCCCUACCCGGACACACCGGUGCUGUGAACUGUGUGAGCUGGAAUCCUGUAAACCCUCAAAUGCUUGCAUCUGCUAGUGACGAUCACAGCAUCAGAAUAUGGGGAGGAAGUAUGGUUAAUCUUAAUCACAAGGAAGCAUACAGCAAUGGAGUCUGCCAGUCUAAUGGAAACAAGUAAAUGACAACGAAUAAGGUCUUUGAACCUUAAAUUCGGUACCUGAAUUCCAUUUGUUACUUUAUUUUCUGACACAAAUUCUUUAAGCUUGUUAUCAUAGAAACAGAAGAACAAGAAGAUGCAUGUAAAGAUUUCAAUUUUCUGAUUGCCUAAUAUCCCUACUGGCUGGCUUUUAUUUUGGUUUAGUUCUUUUACUAGCUCGCCAUUUAUUGCAAUGCUUCAAAUUGCUAAAGUUGGAGUGCUAA